AUGUCAAGUUUUGGAUUCUUAGCAUGUAUAACCUUCUUGGGUGCAACUUUUUUUGUUGCAUAUGCCACUGAUCCUACCCAUCUCCAAGAUUUCUGUGUUGCCACUGAUGAUAUACACAAUGCACUAUUUGUUAACGGACGAAUUUGCAAGAAUUCAACGGACGUAAAAGCAGAAGAUUUCUACACAAGUGGACUAGACAAGGCAGCUGACACAAGCCACGGACUUGGAUCAGUAGUAACUUUAAUAGACGCUUCAAAAUUAGCAGGACUUAACACACUCGGAAUAUCAAUUGCUAGACGUGAUUUUGCACCAUAUGGAUUAGGAGCACCACAUUAUCACCCUCGUGCAACUGAAAUAUUUACGGUCAUUGAAGGAACUAUUUACGUAGGUUUUAUUACAAGUGCAAAUAAGUUAUUUACAAAGGUUCUUAAUAAAGGAGAUGUGUUCGUCUUUCCACAAGGUCUUAUUCAUUUCCAGGUCAAUCUUGGUGAUACUUCUGCUUUUGCUAUUGCUGCUUUGAGUAGUCAGAAUCCCGGUUUGGUAACGGUUGCAAAUGCAGUUUUUGGGUCCAAAGAACUGAUUUCGGUAGAUGUUUUGUCUAAGGCCUUUCAGGUUGACGUUAAUGUUGUUAAGUAUUUUCAGUCUAAGUUUGGGAUGAGUCCCUAA